AUGUCCAGCGCAUCCAACGCUUGGCUACAAGCCUCGAGCUCAGCAGCACUUAGACUGCCCUGCGCCACAAGCUCGAUGACAGACCAAACCGCCUCUGCCUCGGGGGCAGGCAGACUUUGCAGUCUCUCCAAUGCCACAGCCGACAUCCUUAAGAGAGCGCGACUACAUAAAGAAGCAAAAUCUGACAUUCUCGAUCAAGAUCUGACAACGCGACGUUUUGGUUCUCUCUCUCUCUCUCUCUCUCUCUCUCUCUCUCUCUCUCUCUCUCUCUCUCUGGUCUUGCCGGCGAAGGUUGAUGAGUCGUUCCCACUGCCGGCGAAAUGCAGUGCAACGCAUUGUACUUGCCCGGCAAGCUCGGCGUGCGUGUCUGGCGUGGAGCGAAAGUCCUCGCACGAGCAUGGCUGCAUGCGGGGCGUACAUCAUGACCUGACCUUACUCAGUGGUUAUGCCGCAGACUGCGCCACCUGUACCUGUGAGCGAGCAAAUACGUAUGUGACCUCGGCGGCGCCCAACACCAAGCCCAUCGUGCCCGACACUCGUGAGCUGUGGUACAUCGGUCGGCAGCCCGGUGAAACUGGGGACGGCUCGGACCCGGCCAACAGCUUGCCUCUGCGCCUGGCCACCGACUACCUGAAGGAGUCGGUGGCUGACCCAUUUGAAGAGCCGUGGCUGGCCCUCUGCGCCCUCGACCAUAGUGACCGUAUCCCCGCCAACGCCCAGCUUCGCUUCCAUGCUCAGGACCAGCGCAUUGUCACCUGGAUUGCCCAAGCCUUUCUGGAGCACGAGUUUGGCUUGGAACUGGUCUACAAGCAACUGCGUUACCAUGACUUGCACCCCAUGACGACGCGAGGCAUGUAUGUCAUGGCCAUUUUCAUCCACGACCUCUCUGACACGCACCCGGCCAUCGUCAUCCAUCCCACGCGUUACCUUCGUGAUGCUUGCGCGGGCUACCUUGUCAACGGCUCUCUCCCCUCAGCCGACUCACAAAUGUACGACCUGGGGGACCGGUUUGUACACGCCCAUUAUCGCAAUUUUGAAGCAUUCUAUCACAUGCAGUCGGGCCACUCGACACAGCAGACGGUACAUGGUACAGAAGCGCUCAUGGCGGGCGAGGAAGGCGGUUGCUGGGGGUACACCCCCAAGCAGAGCAAGGUGUUUACGUCGCCGCAAGAAAAGGUCGCGCCCACGUUGGCCAUGGUCCUGCCAGCCUACUCUGGGCACUGGCGUUUCCUCAACGAGAGUGUCCGGCGCCAGCAGGCUUCGACAGAGCAACCCGACGCCGUUAUUGUGUCCUCCUCUCAGCUCAACAUCACGCAUGCCCGACAAAUUCUCUUUGAAUUGCCAGACAUCAACGGACAAAACCGUUUGGCCGUGGUCGGGCGCUUGGUGCGCCAGCGAGCUGGUCCCACGCGCAACAUUGGAACAGCGCUCUCGCGCAUGGAAUACACCUGCACCAUGGACGGUGAUGACUGGCCGCAACCACAACGCAAUGAAAUUGUUCGAUGGAUGGCGCGCCAGCACCCCUUUGCGCUACUAGCUCACACGAGCCAGCGCUGGUACAUCGAUUUGGAACACCAUGGCAUCAAAUGCUACAACGAGAGCACAGACAUCAACUCGACCACGUACAUGCUAGACUUGGGCAACCACAUCACCCAGAACCACACCCGCAACCCCACUUAUUUACAAAAGGCUUUUCACACCUGGUAUGCGGCCCACAUGAGCACUUGCUUCAACACGGCUCUCUUUCGUGAGUCUCGGUGGCCCGAUCACUACGGCGAGGACGUGCGCUUUGACCACUCCACCAUUUUUUUGGGAGAGCGCUUGAACAUGACCAGUAUUCUCAUGUCCGAACCCCUCAUCUUUUACAUUCGCGUCCGAAGCGCCACCAAUCGGGACAAUGGAAAGCGGCCUCAGCUGCAAGACAAGAUGUUGGAAGCUCCAUGAGAGCGACAAUGUUCAUACUACGGAGUCUGGAGCAAACACAAGACUAAGUGAUGAAUCUUACCAGCGCAGCCGCGCGUGCUUCUUCGCUUUGUUUCAUCUUCCCACUCUCUUCUCGUCGCUAUGCUUCAUCCUCCCCUUGAAGGGUAGUUGUAGCUCUUAUUUAUCAUCGUUUGCAUGAUCGUCUUGUCACUCUGAACACUCUUUCUGUCGCGCUCGCUCACGUGAACUGAAUGUAUUUCAAAAAA